CCAUUCCAUUUACAUCGGGGUACCAAUGCCACGGGGCUACAGGAGGAAAAGGCGCAGACGGAGAUCCACCUCCAGCCGGGAUAAAACCAGUGAGAAUGAAAGGCUCUAUGAGCACCAGGACCGAUCAGAUACCGAUGAAGGAGGGCAAGCAACCUACGACAAUGGGAAUGACAGUGCCAGCAGGACAAUGUCUCCAGCUGCUGAACGCCUUCGUUACAUCCUGGGUGAAGAAGAUGACCCUCCAAACCCCACCCUGUUCACUGAGAUGGACACACUGCAGCACGACGGGGAAGAAAUGGAGUGGAAAGAAUCUGCCAGGUGGAUAAAAUUCGAAGAAAAGGUGGAAGAAGGAGGGGAGAGAUGGAGCAAACCUCAUGUGUCAACGUUAUCUUUGCACAGCCUGUUUGAACUACGCACAUGUCUACAGACAGGGACGGUGCUCCUAGACUUAGACGGCUACUCCUUACCACAGAUCAUCGAUGAUGUUAUUGAAAAGCAGAUAGAGGAUGGUCUGCUCAAGCCAGAGCUGAGAGAGAAAAUAAGUUACGUGCUACUGAGGAAACACCGCCACCAGACCAAGAAGCCGAUCCACCGAUCCUUGGCAGACCUUGGCAAAUCGGUCUCGUCCAACACAAAUCGCAGUCCUGUCAGGAGCCCAGCAGCAGGGGCCAGCUUCCACCGCUCCACCGAAGAUCUUAGAAUGAGACAGAACGCAAAUUAUGGACGUUUACGCCAUGUGCAAAGCAGAAGCAUGAAUGACAUUACAGAUACUCCAAGCACAGAUCAGCUAAAAAAUAAAUUCAUAAAGAAGAUCCCCAAAGACGCAGAAGCCUCCAAUGUCCUGGUGGGAGAGGUAGACUUCCUGGAGAAGCCAUUCAUUGCAUUUGUGAGGCUCAUACAGUCCACCAUGCUGGGCGGGGUGACAGAAGUUCCUGUCCCCACUAGGUUCCUUUUUAUUCUCCUGGGUCCUUCAGGAAAGGCAAAAUCCUACAAUGAAAUCGGCCGAGCUAUCGCCACCCUCAUGGUGGAUGACCUUUUCAGUGAUGUGGCCUACAAGGCCAGAGACCGAGAUGACCUGAUUGCAGGAAUAGAUGAGUUUCUGGAUGAAGUCAUUGUCCUCCCGCCAGGGGAGUGGGAUCCAAAUAUUAGAAUAGAGCCACCCAAAAAAGUACCUUCCGCUGAGAAGAGGAAAUCAGUGUUCUCGCUGAACGAAGCAGGGCAGAUGAACGGCACCGCAGGAGGAGCGGCCGGAGGGAGUGGCGGAGGUGGAGGGGGCGGCAGUGGCAGUGACAACGGAGAAAUGCCAGCUGUGCAUGAAGUAGGGGAAGAGCUUGUCUGGACAGGCAGGUUUUGCGGCGGCCUGUAUUUGGAUAUCAAGAGGAAGCUGCCCUGGUUCCCCAGUGAUUUCUACGAAGGCUUUCAUAUCCAGUCUAUCUCCGCCAUCCUCUUCAUUUACCUGGGCUGCAUCACAAAUGCCAUAACAUUUGGGGGGCUGCUUGGUGAUGCUACAGACAACUACCAGGGGGUCAUGGAGAGCUUCCUCGGCACGGCGAUGGCGGGCUCCCUGUUCUGCUGCUUUGCUGGGCAGCCACUCAUUAUCCUGAGCAGCACAGGGCCCAUCCUCAUCUUCGAAAAGCUACUCUUCGACUUCAGCAAAGGCAACAGCAUAGACUACAUGGAGUUCCGUCUGUGGAUCGGCUUACACUCUGCCCUACAGUGCCUUGUCCUGGUGGCUACAGACGCCAGCUUCAUUAUAAAGUACAUCACACGCUUCACUGAGGAGGGGUUCUCCACCCUCAUCAGCUUUAUAUUCAUCUAUGAUGCUAUCAAGAAGAUGAUCGGCGCCUUUAAGUAUUACCCUAUCAAUGCAGACUUCAAACCAGACUAUGUGACCAUGUACAAAUGCGAGUGCAUUGCUCCUGACCCAGUGAAUACAACAUUGUUCAAUGCUUCAGCUCUGCUGGCACCAAACAUCACUAACAUUUCUGUGUACAAUGCUAUUAAUGUAACAGCUCUGGACUGGACCCAGCUGAGUAAGAAGGAAUGUCUAAAGUAUGGCGGAAGCCUAGUAGGGAAAUCCUGUAAAUUUGUUCCUGACUUAGCCCUCAUGUCCUUCAUCCUCUUCUUUGGGACCUAUUCCAUGACUGUAACACUGAAGAAAUUCAAGUUCAGUCGCUACUUUCCUACAAAGGUCAGGGCCUUCAUUGCUGAUUUUUCCAUUGUCUUCUCCAUUCUGCUGUUCUGUGGAAUAGAUGCCUGGUUUGGCCUGGACACUCCAAAGCUGCAUGUUCCCAGUAUAAUUAAGCCCACUCGCUUAGAUCGAGGAUGGUUUGUGUUCCCGUUCGGUAAGAAUCCAUGGUGGAUCUACUUGGCCAGCGCCCUUCCAGCUCUGCUGGUUACCAUCUUGAUCUUCAUGGACCAGCAAAUCACAGCUGUCAUAGUCAAUAGGAAGGAGCACAAACUGAGGAAAGCGGCAGGCUAUCACCUUGACUUGUUCUGGGUGGGGGUCCUGAUGGCCGUGUGCUCAUUCAUGGGGCUGCCUUGGUAUGUAGCUGCCACGGUCAUUUCCAUAGCUCACAUCGACAGCUUAAAGAUGGAGACGGAGACCAGCGCGCCAGGGGAGCAGCCGCAGUUCCUGGGAGUGAGGGAGCAGAGAGUCACCGGAAUCAUUGUCUUUGUCUUGACUGGGAUAUCUGUCUUCCUGGCUCCAAUUCUGAAGUAUAUUCCGAUGCCAGUGCUGUAUGGUGUCUUUCUCUACAUGGGAGUUGCCUCUCUAAAUGGCAUUCAGUUCUGGGACCGCUGCAAGCUCUUCCUGAUGCCAGCCAAGCACCAGCCUGACUAUGCCUUCCUUCGCCACGUGCCCCUGCGGCGGAUCCACCUCUUCACCCUGGUGCAAAUCAUCUGCCUAGCCAUCCUAUGGAUCUUGAAGUCCACUGUGGCGGCUAUCAUCUUCCCUGUGAUGAUUUUAGCCUUAAUCUUAGUGAGGAAAAUGCUGGAUUUCGUCUUUUCCCAACACGACCUGGCCUGGAUUGAUAACAUCAUCCCCGAAAGGGAGAAGAAGAAGGAAGAUGACAAGAAGAAGAAGAAGAAAGGCAACAAAGGGGAAGAGGAGAGUGAGGAUGAGCCUCGGUUCCCAACUCCCUCAGUUAUAAAGAUCCCAAUGGAACCCGUCCAAUCAGACCCCCAAAACGGUAUCCAUUGCAUUACCAGAAAGAGGUCCUCCAGUUGGAGCUUUGCAUUCUGAUUCUUCUCCUAACGGUUCAGACUUGGAUCGCAGUAUUACACUUCACCUGAAGAUUUCCUGCCCAUCAUCUCCUGCGUUUAACUACUCCCGAAACCCUCUCUGCGCUGUGC